UCUUGGGCAGGCAGGACUAGAGGGAUAUGCUAUGUUGGAGACACAGAACAUAAAGACAUUAUUAGCAACGUUAAACGGGGCAGACUUCCUCAUCUGUCAGACUGCUGUUUUCAUCUGACUGCGAGCGACUGACUUUUUUGCUCUUCUCUCGGGCGUUGCUCCUGAACUCAAGAAAAACCGAAGGUCAUCGUUCUCAGGUGUGUUUUGGGUCCAUCAGUGAAGAUCGCAAGCCUCUGCUCUUCGCUAGAUCUAUCAUCUGAGGGAUGUUCUGAAUCAAGAUGCUGCUGAUCAUCGAAGCUCUUCUCAUUUUAGCUGCUCUAGGACGGGGUCAAAGAGCUGCCGGCACAAGAAAAAUAUAUCCACUGGAUAUGGCAACGAGUUCAGUUGAUGAUCAGUAUGACGGUUGUACUGUAAAAAUGGCGCAUCUGGUGAAAACGAAAUAUCUCCAGAAAGAAAUCAAUAACUCUGUUGAAUUUAAAAAUGCUUGGCAAGAAGGAGAAGUGAAUGCCACAGCACCAGAAGACAACUUAACAAGGAAUCAUUCAAUUGCCAUUUACGUCUACACCAACUUUAAUUCUAAUGUAUACCGCAAUUUCAACACGGCUGUUCGUAAUGGUAAGAAAAACUACACAAAGCAAGCAUUUAAUUGGUAUUCACUUCAGUUUUUGUUAACGGACGCGAUCAAGGUAUUGACUGAAACGCAAAUUAAAUGCAAGGUAACGUAUCGCGGUACCAAAGCUCAAUUUUAUCAAAAUGUUAAAGGCAAGAAGAUUCGCUUCGGAUCAUUUACAUCCUCUUCUCUUGAACGUAAAGUAGCGCAAGAUUUUGGGAAUAUAUCUUGUUUUGAGAUCAAAACCUGUGAAGGAGCUGAUGUGAUCAAAUAUUCGAAGUAUCCUGAACAGAAGGAGGUGCUGAUUCCUCCAUACGAGAAGUUUAAAGUCACCGCUGUCAAGACAAGAAAACGUUACAAAAGUCUCUGGUGCGACACUGUCUACAAGUUGGAAAGCUCUGGGAAAAGAAGCGACCUGAACUGUGCAGUGGCCUUCAAGAAACCAUCCGGAUGCCUUUCUCAAAAGCUAAUGUUUAAUCAAGGCCAAUCAAACGGUCGGUUUAAAGGAACACUGUGUGGUUGUCAGCAAUGGCAUCAGAUGCUUGUAAACCAACUUAAUCCUGCUGAAGUAGAUGGUCUGAAACGCUGCUGCUGCUGUAGAGUUUGAGCUGCUGGAAUGCUUCCAAAUGAAUGUUAAGUGCAUCCUUAUAUUUGAUUUACAUAAUACGCUUUAUUUUAGAUUUACAAAAUACUGUAUCUUAGAACAUGAUCUACUUAAUAUCCUAAUGAUUUCUGCCCUAAAAGAAAAAUCAAUCAUUUUGGCCAGUUCAGAGUAUGUUUGAUUAUUGCUUCAAAUAUAUCCCUGCUAUGUGACUGAUUUCCUAGUCCAGGGUCACGAAUGAAUGACUUAAGAAAAUGUCUAUUUACUCAUUUACCAUGUAUUUAUUUAGCUCUUUUCUCACUGCCUUUGCCUUGCCGUAAUAAUACUUGUUGAAUGUGUGCUGGCCAGACAAGGCUAUUCAAUAAACUCUGAAAAUGCUCAUUCUAACCAA